ACGCCCACUUCACGCCAUGACGGAAGAGAGCGAAACGUCACUUCCUGGUCCUGAAUCUGACGUGUCUUAUAGUUUCGCAUGGGCAGCUGGUCCUACUUGCUGGGGAUUUAUUUCUUAUUUAUUAGACUAUAUCUGCUCGUGUAGCGACGUGGUGUCAAGAUGCUGGAUUUCUUCACCAUCUUCGGCAAGGGGGGCAUAGUGCUGUGGUGUUUCCAGGGCGCCGGGGUCACUGAGUCCUUCACCGGGCCGGUCAAUGCGUUGAUCCGCUCCGUCAUCCUCCAGGAACGCAGUGGUAACAAUUCCUACACUCAUGAAGCAUUGAGUCUCAAGUACAAGCUCGAUAAUGAGUUUGAGUUGGUUUUUGUGGUGGGUUUUCAAAAGAUCCUCACACUGACGUACGUGGACAAGUUGAUAACUGAUGUCCAACUUCAGUUCAGGGAUCGCUAUAAGAAUGAGCUGGACAAAAAUGUGUCAUUGAAACUUCUCAACAGCAAUUUUGAGUUUGAAAACGACUUCACAAUGCUGCUUAGAGAGGCAGAGGAUAGCAGCAAAGCUAAGGGUCCUGCCUCCAUGCGGACCUUCACCGAGUCGCAGAAGUCCCAGAAAACGGUGAAGUCAAUGAUCGAGACAAAGGGUGGGGACAAGGUCAAGGAGCAGGGCGGCAAGAAGAAUAAAAAUGCUAAAAAGGAGGCUCCUGUAGCCGAGCCUGAGAAAGUGGAACCAGGCAAGAACACUUCUGUCAGCCAGAAGCCAAUGGAGAACGGCAACCAGGGCCUGACCCCAGAGGAGGUCAUCCAGAAGAAGCGGGAAGAGUUCUUCCGCAAGCACCGGGGUGGAAAUGUUGAGAAACCCAGUGCCACUAAAUCCCCCAAGCCUCAGAAGCCCAAGGAGAAGCAGAGACGUGUGUGGGACAUGGGUGGCAGCAGUCCAACUGCGCUGGACUACAGCGAUCCAAACAGCCCCGACGUCCCCGUCGAACCAGCAAGAGAUGAAUUGCAGCUGAACUCCAUGAAGGGAGACCUGCUGUCUGUAGAUUAUGAGUCCAGCGAGGAGGAGGAGGAAGAGGAAGAGGAAGUUGUGGAGGAGGAACCUGAGAGGAUCAAGGUCGCCGACACUAAGAAAGUCCCUAAGAAGGGUGUAGGUUUUGGGGGCAUGUUUGGGAUGCUCAAGGGCCUGGUGGGCGCCAAAAGCCUGAGUAGGGAGGACAUGGAGCCAGUGCUGGACAAGAUGAGGGAUCACCUCAUCGCUAAGAAUGUAGCAGCUGAGAUAUCCAUCCAGCUCUGUGACUCUGUGGCCAAAAAGCUAGAGGGCAAAGUCAUGGGCACCUUCACCACUGUGGCCUCCACGGUUAAACAGGCCCUGCAGGAAUCGCUGGUGCAGAUCCUGCAGCCCAAGAGAAGGGUGGACAUCCUCCGAGACGUCCUGGAGGCCCGUAGCCAACGCCGGCCUUUCAUCGUCACCUUCUGUGGGGUCAACGGGGUCGGAAAGUCUACCAACCUGGCCAAGAUCUCUUUCUGGCUCAUCGAGAACGGCUUCACCGUGCUGAUCGCCGCCUGCGACACCUUCCGCGCCGGAGCGGUGGAGCAGCUGAGGACGCACCAGCGGCGCCUCAACUCCCUGCACCCGCCAGAGCAGCACGGCGGGCGGCCCGUGGUGCAGCUCUACGAGAAGGGCUACGGGAAGGACGCCGCCGGCAUCGCCAUGGAGGCCAUCGCCUACGCCCGGAACCAGGCCUUCGACGUGGUGCUCGUGGACACAGCAGGGCGUAUGCAGGACAAUGCCCCCCUGAUGACGGCUCUGGCCAAGCUGAUUGCUGUCAACAUGCCUGACCUGGUCCUGUUUGUUGGGGAGGCACUGGUGGGCAACGAGGCUGUGGACCAGCUGGUGAAGUUCAACCAGGCCCUGGCGGACCACUCCAUGUCUGACAAGCCUCGCCUCAUCGACGGGAUCGUUCUCACCAAGUUUGAUACCAUCGACGACAAGGUCGGCGCUGCCAUUUCCAUGACCUACAUCACGGGCCAGCCCAUCGUGUUUGUGGGCACAGGGCAGACCUACAACGACCUGCGCAGCCUCAACGCCCGCGCUGUGGUCAGCGCCCUGAUGAAGGCUUAGGAGGGUGCAUGAUUGGUCGGAUUCCCUUUUCUUUUCUUUUUUUUUUUCUAUUGACAAAUACACCCCAACUACCUACGCUUGGACUGCGAGACGUCUUUUUCGUCUUCUUCUUCCCUGACCCAGCUAACAGUUCUGAUUAAUUCGCAACACAAAACUCCAGUCAUGAACUCCAUAGUCAUGUGGAGUUUCUUAAACAGCCUGGAUAAAAUAACCUAAAGGAUCACAUGGAGUUUUGGAAAAUCAAACAACGAAAAAGUGUGCUACAUUAACAAGUAGCCUCGUUUGGCAUAAAUCUAAAAUGUUUGGGUGAAAUCGGAAGGUACCCCAUCUGUGUCUGAGCUUUGCGCACCAAUCAACAGAUAUCAAGUCCCAUACACAAUGGCAAUUGAUUCAAAUGACAUUUGAACUGCCACUGAUCACAUGGACCUUGGACUUGCAUGUUAUUCGUUUUCUCUACUGGUUUAUCCAGUAAUCUUUAAAUUAUUUACGCAGUGUCUUUUUACAAAUUACGUCACAAUGCUUGUUGGAUGUGACAUUUCAGCAGCUGCCUGUCCCAGAAGAAAGUCUAGAGACCGUGGUGCCUGUCACAUGUCUAGUCGAACUUCAGUCCGAGCCCAUACAUUUUUAGCAGAGCAGUCUGAACAAGUGAUCUAAAUGCAAUUUUACUUGUUUAAGCGGUUUAUUAGAGUCAAACAGGUGGUGCAGCGACCCGCGGCCACCUAUGUCAAUAUUGAAUCUAUAUUCUCCCAUUAUAGUUGUACUGGGAAACGGCCGUUCAUACACUCAGCCUCCGUGCUUUGCUCGGAGCAAAUACAGUCAUUCAUGUUGGAAGUAAAAUGAGGUAGUAGUUCGUCUUUGAUAUGGCUAAGAGUUUCUAAAUGCAUCCGAGCUGAAUCAAACACAUAACGCUAACCUAGGCUAGGGGAAGGACCGAGGAUUUCAAAGCUAACUGCCAUUUCACAAAGACAUAAUUACAACUUUUUUUCUUACAAUUUCCAGAUUGAGGUUUCAGUGUUUUGAUUGUCAUUUCUAGGUUGCAGUUCUGUUCAAAAGACUACAGUUGCGCAAGAGGUCAAAUAAAGCUCCCCUCACCUCUCCAAUUCACACUACCUUCAAGUUUAGAUCAAGGGGGCUGUCUUAGGUGUUCACCAUCUACACCUCUAACUUGUGGUAGUGCAAUACAAACCUAUAAAUAUACAGAAGAUUUGCCGUAAUUUAUGAGAAUGUAAACAUUUCUAAAUAAAGUUGCUUCAUGCCA